AUGGUGCCGGCCCCGAGGGAGGGCAACAGAGUCGAUCGGGGAGUCGAACCCGGCGCGCCGAAGGGGCAAAGGGCAGAGCAAGAGCCAGGGUCACAGCGAGCUGAGACUGAAGAGACUGAACGGGGCAAGGUGGAGGCUGUGAAGGAGAAAGAAGAAGAGGAGAAGGAGGUGGCGGUAGAGGCGAACACAGCUGGUGAACGAGCUAAGGAGGCUGAAGCUGCAGCGCAGACCGAGGAACAGGCCGAGGAAGAGCGAGAUGAGACAGAGCAAGAGGAGGACGGAGACGUCGAUGACGGAAGGAAAGAGGGAGAAGAAGGAGCAAAGAAGAAGGGGGAACAAGCACAUCCAUGGCAAGCUGUCUGGGACGCCAAUCGAGGAGCGUGGUACUUUUGGAACGCAAAGACGAACGAGACAACCUGGACGAACCCUCUGGAAGGUACUGCCUCUGCAGAGGCCGAGGCGUCGACAUCGGGGGCGUCGGCACCGGCAGCAACCAUCAGUGACGAAGACCUUGCACAGCUGCACAACCUCGAUCCGGACCUGGCCUACCUCGAUCCAGGUCUGUAUGCCUCCCAGCUGUCAGAAGCUCGCCAGGCCUACAACACAUCGCGCGGCGGCGGCGGGUCCUCCAACAGCAAUGCCAUCGCCGCCGGCGCUUACGCCGCCAAGGGCACCUUUGACGCUCGCACGGGCAAAUUUGUCCCUGCUGCAAAGACGGCCGAAUAUGACCCCUCGCGCCUGUCGCACGCCAAUCAGGCGGACCGGCAGAUGGGCGCCUUUUUCGAUGUCGACGCAUACAACGAGGAACGGCGCCGGCUGCGCGAAGAGGAGGAGAUGAUCGAGCAGGCCGGCGGGUCGAGAAAGCGCAAGCCGACAAAGCAGGACAUCCAGUUCUACCAGCAGCGGAAAAAGGAGAAGAAGGCCGCAAAGCUCUCUUGGUUGCGAGAUUGA